GUUAGUUCUACUUCUACAUAUGACACGAUACGAAGCUAUGAGAUACAGGGUAACACCAAUAAUCCGCCAUGACUGAACCUAAAAGGCUUCAUGUAGCUUUCUUUCCAUGGCUAGCAUUCGGCCAUAUGAUCCCAUUCCUCGAACUCGCCAAACGCAUAGCCCAGAAGGGUCACAAAAUCUCUUUUCUAUCUACUCCUAGAAACAUUCAACGUUUGCCAAAAAUCCCUCCAAAUUUAUCAUCCAAUAUAAAUUUCAUAAGCCUUCCCUUACCUCAGCUUGUAGACCAUCUCCCCCCUAAUUCAGAGGCCACCACUGACAUUCCCACGCACAAGGUUCCAUACCUCAAGAAAGCCUACGAUAACCUGCAAUGCCCUCUGCUUCAGUUUCUAGAAACUUCUACUCCUGAUUGGAUUAUUUACGACUUCGCACCUUUCUGGUUACCUCGUAUUACGGCCGAUCUCGGAAUCUCAAGUGCCUUUUUCAGUAUUUAUGGUGGUUGGUUAACCGUCGUUUAUUUACGGCCGAUUCGGAAUCUCAAGUGGCCUUUUUCAGUAUUUUAUGUGUGUGAUGAUUCGGGUUGCUCCGAUAUGUUUCGUUUGGGUUCAGUAAUGGCAGGUUGUGAUGUUAUAGCUAUACGGAGCUGCUUCGAGUUGGAGGGUGACUUUUUAAGGCUUGUCGAACAGCUUCACGGCAAGCCUACGCUUCCAACAGGUCUGUUACCACCUUCAGAUCCCGAUGUCAAUGGUGAAGAAGACGAGACGUGGCGUAUAAUCAGUCAAUGGUUAAACAGUCAAAACAAAGGAUCUGUUGUUUACAUAGCAUUCGGGAGCGAGGUGGAAGUGAGUCAACAGGAAUUAACUGAGUUGGCAUUUGGUUUAGAGUUAUCAGGACUUCCCUUCUUUUGGACUUUAAGGAUAAAAGAUAACUCACUAAAGAAUAACCACUUCGGACUGCCGAAUGAAUUUGAGGAGCGAGUCAGACGUGGGCUAGUGUGGAAAACUUGGGUUCCUUCCUCAACUCAGAAUUCUUGA